AUGACACCUGAACAAGUUAAAUUUGCACAACGAAUACCCAUUGCACCUAUUAAAAACAUUACACCUGGUUAUGAUCAUUUAACACGAAAAUCAAAUUUAGCCUUUUUAUUUGCAUAUGAAAACUAUUUAAAUGAUUUUGAAUGGUUUGUCAAAGCAGAUGAUGAUACAUAUUUGAUUGUUGAACAUUUAAAAACAUUUUUAAGUAAACAGAAUCCAUCAAAACCUGUUACUUUUGGAUAUACUUAUCGGGUAAUUAUGUGUGAUCUAUUUAUCUAUUGUGCUCUCUAAAAAAAAAGGAGCUUUGCCGAACCCCUCGAAAAGGUUCUGUAGAUUUCUAAAAGCAUCCAAAUGUGUCCAAAGUCUCAAAAAAAGGAUAAAAAAUUCGACAGAACCUUUUGUUGGUUCUGUGGAGUACCCACUAGCAGAACUAUGCCCUACGAAACCUUUUUUUAAGUUCUGUACAGCAAAAAAAGCUGUUAGCGCAAUCCCUUACGGAAUUAAAAUGUGAAACAC